AUGUCUUUAAUCAAGAGCCACUCCUUUUUGGCUUCUUUGAUGAUUCUUGUGGCACUCUUCGGCGUUGUUGCCAUUGGAGACUCUUUGGUCUCCGAGUACAACAGAGACUACAACAAGAUCACUGAAGUCACUCCCAACAUCUUCGAGCAGUGUGAACCAUCUAACCCACAAGAUAGCUACCAAACCGGGUCUGAAACUGUUACUCUAACGAAACCGAGAGUCCAAAAUUUUAUAUGUGGAGUUUCUGGUCACUGCGGCAUAGGAAGAAAGCUUAAAAUCUCUAUGGGUCCUGUUGCAGCUCCUGUUCCUAGACUUUUUGGGUCACCAAGCUCAUCCUCGUCUCCUUCACUGCCUCAAUGGGCUGAUUCACCUGUUAAUAAUGGUCCAAAUAUCAGAUGA